GGGCGCGCUGACGUCGCGGCGGCGGGCAGCUCCGCCCCUGGCGCCGAGCGCGGCGGCCGCAGUCCGCGCCGCAGAGGGUCGGAGCCGGCGGCGCCGGGCCGGGCCGGACCGGACCGGGUUGAGCCGGGUUGAGCCGAGCCGAGCCGAGCUCCGCCCCCCGCCCCUCCGCGCCCGGUGCCGCUCGCGGCCCCGGCCCGCCGCUCCGCAGCAUGUCGGUACCGGACUCGGCCGGCGGCGACGAGGUGAAGCAGGCCAAGGAGAUCGAGGACGCCGAGAAGUACUCGUUCAUGGCCACCGUCACCAAGGCGCCCAAGAAGCAAAUCCAGUUUGCAGAUGACAUGCAGGAAUUCACCAAGUUCCCAACCAAGACUGGCCGUCGGUCGCUGUCCCGCUCCAUCUCACAGUCUUCCACCGAUAGCUACAGCUCCGCUGCCUCCUACACUGACAGCUCUGAUGAUGAGGUGUCCCCCCGCGAGAAGCAGCAAACCAACUCCAAGGGCAGCAGCAAUUUCUGCGUGAAGAACAUCAAGCAGGCAGAGUUUGGGCGCCGGGAGAUCGAGAUCGCUGAACAAGACAUGUCUGCUCUGAUUUCACUCAGGAAACGAGCUCAAGGAGAGAAGCCUUUGGCUGGAGCUAAAAUCGUGGGCUGUACACACAUUACAGCACAGACUGCGGUGCUGAUCGAGACGCUGUGCGCGCUGGGGGCUCAGUGCCGCUGGUCUGCCUGCAACAUCUAUUCCACCCAAAACGAAGUGGCAGCUGCCUUGGCAGAAGCUGGUGUUGCCGUGUUUGCCUGGAAGGGGGAAUCGGAGGACGACUUCUGGUGGUGCAUUGACCGCUGUGUUAAUGUAGAUGGUUGGCAGGCCAACAUGAUCCUGGAUGACGGCGGGGACCUGACCCACUGGGUUUAUAAGAAAUACCCCAACGUAUUCAAGAAGAUCCGAGGAAUUGUGGAGGAAAGCGUGACUGGUGUGCACAGGCUGUACCAGCUCUCCAAGGCCGGGAAGCUGUGUGUCCCAGCCAUGAACGUUAAUGACUCGGUCACCAAACAGAAAUUUGACAACCUGUAUUGCUGCCGGGAGUCCAUCCUGGACGGCCUGAAGAGGACCACGGAUGUGAUGUUUGGAGGGAAGCAAGUGGUGGUUUGUGGUUACGGGGAGGUUGGCAAGGGAUGCUGUGCCGCUCUGAAAGCCCUGGGAGCGAUCGUCUACGUCACGGAGAUCGACCCCAUCUGCGCUCUCCAGGCCUGCAUGGACGGAUUCCGGGUGGUGAAGCUGAGCGAAGUUAUCCGUCAGGUGGACGUCGUCAUCACCUGCACAGGAAACAAGAACGUUGUGACCAGAGAACACCUGGAUCGGAUGAAGAACAGCUGUAUCGUGUGUAACAUGGGCCACUCCAACACUGAGAUCGAUGUGACCAGCCUCCGGACCCCGGAGCUGACCUGGGAGCGCGUCCGCUCCCAAGUGGACCACGUCAUCUGGCCGGACGGGAAGCGGGUGGUGCUGCUGGCCGAGGGCCGUCUUCUCAACCUGAGCUGCUCCACGGUUCCCACCUUCGUUCUCUCCAUCACGGCCACCACUCAGGCUCUGGCUCUGAUCGAGCUUUACAACGCUCCCGAGGGCCGUUACAAACAGGACGUCUACUUGCUGCCGAAGAAGAUGGACGAAUACGUCGCCAGCUUGCACCUGCCGUCGUUCGACGCCCACCUGACGGAACUGACGGACGAUCAAGCAAAAUACCUGGGACUCAACAAAAACGGGCCUUUCAAGCCCAACUACUACAGAUACUGACGGACCAUAUCCAUGAAGGACCAGACCACACAAGGCAACAUUAGAGAGAUUAUUUUUAAAGACCAUUUUAUUUUGUUUUUUCGUUUUUAACCAACAAAGAAACCUGUUUUUACGUUUCUUUUAUCAGUGUGAUUUUAAGGCCACUUUUCUUUUCUCAGUUUCACCCUUUCAUGUGAUCACAUCUCUGCCUGCUCUUGGCAGACAACCUGGGAUUCGCUUCCUGCUUUGAUGUGGCUGAAGCCGCCGGUGGCUCCCAGCCCUCGCUCCCAGAAAAGGGUUCCCUUUCCUGGUGUGUGAAGGGCAAGUCAUUCCUGCAAUGAUGUUUAUUUUUUGCUGGUUUUUUUUUUUUUUGACCUUUCCAGCCUGCGUUAGUCUCAGUUGGGAUACCUGCAGCUGCGGAGAUGCUGUUCUACCUUACCUUACGUUUCUUUCUUUGUGUGGAUUAUCUGCAACUUCUAAAUUGCCUUAAAGAGCCCAGUUUUAGCUGCUAGAUCAGUGCUCCCGGCGCUGCCUGGGAGCAGAGUGGCGCCUGCUGGCCACCUCGCGAAUAGGGGACUGUCCCCAGCUCAGCCAGGGGCCCCGCGCCGAGGCGGCUGGUGGCCCGGGCUGGGUGUCCGGCUGGGUAGGGGGAGUUCGCUGUUUCAGGGUGCUAAUCUGAAUUCGGACGGGGGUCGCUUACCCAGCGUUAUUCUCAUCUCUCCUAGUUUUUUUUAGCCAAACUGCACCUUAAUUGAGUUAAAAACAUUUUUGUGGGUUUUUUUUCCCCACCUCUCUUUUUCUUUUUUGAUUCUUAAAGAUGUUUUAAAGGAGGGAAGCGAUAGGGAUGGUGAGGCAACGCACCCAGCUGCGGAGUUUGGGCGCGGAGGUGGUUUUUUGAGGGUUUCUGGGCGUUUUUUGGGGUUUCGCUUUGUUUCGAGCUGGACGCAGCGCUGAGCCUUCUCCCCGCGCCGUCCCCUCGGCCGCCUCCGUGGGGGGAACGCGGCCGUGCCGUCACCUGCCUGGGUAAUCGCGUAACCCCCCCAGCCGGGUCCGCCGCCCCGCGGCCCGUCGCGCACAGCACUUAGCCCCCUUGGCGCUCCUCGGCCUUCUCGGCCGGCCUCGCUGCUCUGCCGCGGCGCCGCUCCGCUGCUCGUGUCACCUCUUUCGUCCCUGGUGACAGCUCUUCCUCUUCUCCAUCUCUUUCAGCUUGUCCCGGGCCGGGGGAAGCUCCUUGCAACCCCGUGAGGUUUCUCUUUCCUUCUCUUCCCCCUUCCUCCGCGCCUCUUUGCUCCCCCAAAGCAAAGCGCGGCGGGACGGAGGGCCCCAGCGCCGGGGUUUGGCUUGGCCCGUUGCCCCGCCGCGCGUCCCCCCGGCAUCUCCGGUACCGCGAAAUUCGAGAUGCCGCGGUGCCGCGCGCCCCGUCGCCUCCGGCCGCCCUCUCGCGGGGUCCGAGGCCGGCGUCCCCCCCUCUGUGGGGCAGCGCUGGCCUCGCCGGGGCAGGUGGCCCCGUGGGGGGCUCUCGGCUUGCUGGGGGGCCCGGGACCCCCCUCCUCGCCCGCGGCUCCCCCUCCGAUAAGCCAUGGCGCGUGGGGCGGCCCGGCGGCGGCUCCUGCCCCCCAUGCGGGGCGGCCGGGCUCGGCGGCGGGCCGGGAGGGAGAGGUUUAUUUUGUAUAUGAAUGAUUUUUAAUGAAUGCAAUAUUAAUCCUUGCAGAUGAGCAAUAAAUCAUUAAAGUCUAAUUAAACUAUUAGGAAAACCAA